UUCUGACUUGACAUCUGCACGCUGUGACAUUAAUAAGUUACCCAUAAGUCUUGAGUUCUGAACUCUCAUCUCAGUCUUUAGUUUUGAAUAUUGUAGUUUGUUGGGCGUGAUGUGUCCAGACACUUGUUGAACCUUAACUGUUGAGCAGGACAGCGGUAACGGCAAACUGGGGCUGGGAGAAUUUGCAACACUGUGGAAGAAGAUUCAGAAAUACCUGUCCAUCUAUAAGAGCAAUGACAUGGAUGGGUCUGGCUGUAUGAGCACACCAGAGAUGAGGAUGGCCUUGAACAAAGCAGGUUUCAGCCUGAACAACACUCUCCACCAGGUUUUGGCAGCUCGGUACGGAGAGGCCGACAUGACCAUUGACUUUGAUAACUUCGUGGCUUGUGUCAUGCGCCUGGAGAUGAUGUUCAAAGUCUUCAAGAAGCUUGACAUGGAUGACACUGGAUUCAUUGAAUUGGAUUUCUACCAGUGGGUGUCAUUUUCCAUGAUCUAGAAGAUGGCAGCACAAGACCGUUCUCUCAGACCGUUCUCCCAGACCGUUCUCUCAGACCGUUCUCUCAGACCGUUCUCUCAGACCGUUCUCACAGACCGUUCUCCCAGACCGUUCUCUCAGACCGUUCUCUCAGACCGUUCUCUCAGACCGUUCUCACAGACCGUUCUCACAGACCGUUCUCACAGACCGUUCUCCCAGACCGUUCUCCCAGACCGUUCUCCCAGACCGUUCUCCCAGACCGUUCUCCCAGACCGUUCUCUCAGACCGUUCUCUCAGACCGUUCUCUCAGACCGUUCUCACAGACCGUUCUCUCAGACCGUUCUCUCAGACCGUUCUCCCAGACCGUUCUCCCAGACCGUUCUCACAGACCGUUCUCUCAGACCGUUCUCUCAGACCGUUCUCCCAGACCGUUCUCCCAGACCGUUCUCACAGACCGUUCUCUCAGACCGUUCUCUCAGACCGUUCUCUCAGACCGUUCUCUCAGACCGUUCUCCCAGACCGUUCUCUCAGACCGUUCUCACAGACCGUUCUCACAGACCGUUCUCACAGACCGUUCUCUCAGACCGUUCUCUCAGACCGUUCUCUCACAGACCGUUCUCUCAGACCGUUCUCUCAGACCGUUCUCUCAGACCGUUCUCUCAGACCGUUCUCUCAGACCGUUCUCUCAGACCGUUCUCUCAGACCGUUCUCACAAAGACUGUUCUCUCAGACUGUUCUCUCAAAGACUGUUCUCUCAAAGACUGUUCUCCCAAAGACUGUUCUCCCAAAGACUGUUCUCCCAAAGACUGUUCUCCCAGACCGUUCUCUCAGACAGUUCUCCCAGACCGUUCUCUCAGACCGUUCUCUCAGACCGUUCUCUCAAAGACCGUUCUCUCUCCCAGCAACAAAUAAACCAAAGUGCCUUUUCGAGAUGUUUCUUUUAACACACACUUUAUUACGUAACAGAAUGUUUUAAAGCUUAAUUUUAUGCUUUAUUUGUUUUAUUAGACAAAGCCUAUUGAGAACUGCAGAUUAUAACCUAAACCUACUUUUGUGAUGAAAUGUAAGAGACAUUUCAAUCCUUUUAUGUAGCUUUUUGUUACUUAUAGUUGUGUUUCCUGUUCACCAAAGAUAUAUGUUAAUAAAUGGCAUUGUUUUCCGAG